UUCCCACUCACAUUUUCAUUUUUGUUGUUCUUCUCUUUCAUUCUCAUUCUCUCUCACUCCUCAACUCACCCAUCUUUCUCUCUCUAGAUCAAGCACUGUAAUUUUAAUUUGAUCGAGAUUUCUACACAAUGAUGGGCGAAGAGCAAGGCAAAUCUUUCAAGUGCGGCCGACUCUCCAGAUGCUUCUCUAGCCGCGGUGUCCACCAUCACCACGAAGUUUUGGGGAACAAUAACGAUUAUAGAGCAUCGUCGUUUCGAACGCGCACCUGGCUCAAAUCGACGGCCAACGAUCUGCCGGAGAUUCGGGAGCGUUGCCGUAAUCUGAUCCAACGUUGGAAGAUCAGGCGGCAUAACAACCAACCGUUCCAGUCCUCCGAUUUCAGUUAUGAUCUGUCGAGUUAUUCGCUGAAUUUCGAGGAUGAUAAUAGCCGGUUCGACGAUGAUGAGUUUCGUCUUAAGGAUUUCUCUUCGAGAUUGCCGGCGUCGCCUUCUACUCCGACGCUACCGCCGGCGUCUUCUGCGGCUAAAUGUGGUUCCGAUUCUGGUGGCUUUGGGAGAGGAUUGAUUGUUGGUUUUUAGGUGUUAUUGGAUUUAAAGCUAUUUGAGCGAAUUGAAUUGUAUAGUAAUGAAUUUAAUAUUAAAAUAUUAUUAUUAUUAAUAUUAUUACAUAUGGCGUACUUCUAAUAUUCAAGUGAAUUGUAUAUAUUCUACGUACCUUAUUUUUAUUGGUUAAAAGAAUAUGGUACACAAUAUAUACGGUAGAGUGUCACUCACACAAGAUACAUUUACUUUUUUAAUAAUUUUAUUUAAACUUUAAAUUUAUUACAUUUAGGACUUCAUGCAA